UAUAAGAAUCCAUCCCUAUCACCCCAACCACUACUACAUCUCUCUCUCUCUCUCUCUCUCUCUCGUGAAACACCCGUUGUCGUCUCGUCGGAAAAUAAAAGCCCCUCAGGAGGGCUCAACCUCGUUUUCAUCCCGUACCCUACAUCGAAAAAUCUAAAUAAAGCCCCUUUUCAUUCAUUUCGUUUCAAGAACUUUAAUAAAGCGUACUUUCCAAUCAUCUGUUUUCAUUUUUUUUGGGCUUGAAAUCUUCGAAUCUAAGAAGUAGCUACGUGGUUUUGGCUUUGUUUCUGAAGAUUUCUGUGAUUUCAUGUUGGUUCGAAAGUCUGUAAGGGGAGAUUGUUUUGAGAUCCUGAAAUGGCUGACGAGUUUGACUUCAGUGACAAUGUCCCUCCAUCGUUCGAUCGCAUGGGAAAUGCAAUGAAGGAUGCAGAAGCAAAAGGAUUCAACCCAGGUUUACUAGUUCUGCUUCUUGUUGUGGGCAUUUUGUUAGUGUUCCUCGUUGGAAAUUAUGUCCUUUACAUAUAUGCUCAGAAGACUCUUCCACCAAGGAAAAAGAAACCUGUCUCCAAGAAGAAGAUGAAGAGGGAGAGGCUGAAGCAAGGUGUCUCAGCACCAGGAGAGUAAACUGAAUUGUAGGGCUUACUUUGUUUCUGCUAUCUAUGUUAAGCUGUUACAUUAAGAUUUUCCUGUCCUUGAUGUCAGUUACCACAGUUGAGACAAAAUUUGAGUUCAUCCGAAUGAUGAUAGGCUUUGCUCAAAAUGUGAAACUGUAAAACCUUUCAUGGUUAGUUAAGGAACAAGGAUAUUUAACAA